AUGACUGCGUUUGUACAUAUGGGCCGGCGGCGAACGGAGAGCGGCGAAGGAGCCGUGUACCUAAUAAGCUGUGAACUGUCCCUUGCUCUGUUGCACGGCAAAACCGCGCAGGACCUGUCCUGGGAUGAGCGCCGCCGGCUGAUGGAGGUCAUGCGCAGCAGCGGCGGUGCCGCUGGCGGCGGCGGCGGCGGCAGCGGCGGCGCCGGCGGCGCCAAGACCCAUGUCGCCGGUGGUGUCGGUGGGCACGGCAAAGCCGGCAGCGGCGGCAGCAGCAGCGGCGGCUCGCCGUCCAAGACUCGCCGUCAGAGGACGCCGCCGACGUUGUACAACACUACCCGUGCCGCAAUAAGACAGACCCCGAUCCGAGUACAGCUGCCGAUGCGCCCCAAGCAUCCCCAGUACGGCCACCCCCUAAAGGGCCGCGGGGACGACGCGGCUCAGGUCCCCCGCCACAUCCGGUACGGUGCACACGUCCCGGCGGCGCGGGCGGCGGCGACAGGCACUCUCGCCACGGCGGCGGCGGCAGCACCGCCACCUCCCCCAGCCGGCAGGCCUGAGGUCCCCCAGGGCGGCUACGGCGACGUCGUUAGAGACUCCCCUGGACCGACAGAAGGAGCUCCGGAGACCUGUCUCUUGUUACGACAGGCGAGGCAGCCAUGUGGUGGCGAUGGUGGUGAAGGUGGCAGCGAUGCAGCGGAUCGGGCGCCGCUGGCGGCGGCGACGGCAGCGGCGGUUGAGGAGGCAGCCGAGGCAGCGGACCUGGAGGAGGGUAACGCUGAGGUGUUGGCUGCGGUGAAGCGACUGGCUCUGGCGGCGAUUUGCGGGGAGGAGAGCGGAAGCGGUGGAGGCGGCGGAGGCGGUGGACGGCUGCUGACGGCCGCGGCGGCUCCCGCUUCCGCUCAGGAAACGGCGGCGGCUGCUGCUGCAGUGGCGGCGGGGGAUGUGCCCUGA